AUGGAUGUCCUUGGGAUCAUCUCGUUUCUUACCUGCAAGAUGGCCGACAUCCUCUCUCUCCGCCGCUAUGGCAAGUCCGUGGUCCGAACAGCAUCCACUGCCAACGGACCAGCCAUCCAGUAUCAAAUUAUGUUUUCUCUUCCUCCUCCUUUCAUUUAUUCCCCCUAUCUGUGUGGUAUGAAAUCGUCCAGCUUAUCUGCAAAGGUGUUAACCGCUAUGACUCAAAUAAAUACCGUUCCAUAA